CCUGUCAUUUAUUUCAAGUUCAUGCUGCCCUCUUGGAAUAUAUGGGGUAUGAUUGACGCCCCCUAUACCCAUUUAUACAUAUUUUCAGAAGACUAUUGGCACAUCGUUACUGCUUACAGCUGGGGUUGCAUCGAGCCCUAAUUGACCCCACCCCACCCCCCCCCCUUGCAUCGUGCAUCUUUCGUGGCUGCGGUCGAUCAUCCAGCUUGGUGUGGAAUUCCCAACUCUACUAUUCUCUUUUAAACACACGCCCUUCUACGAGUCCACAGACAAUUCUUGCCGGAAUGAAGCUCCGACCUCAUCUCCGUGUCCAACAGUCCCGAUCAGCCUUCGCAAAGGGGAAUGCACGAUGGACAAACCUAGACUUAGAUCCUGUUCCCCGCCAUCUCCGACAAUGGGGACCCGUGAGCUUCAUCUCAUACUGGAUCUCCGACGCCUUCAACGCAGCCACCUGGCAAUUCGCCAGCAGCAUGAUGGCCGUGGGCCUCGGCUGGCGGGACGCCCUCAUCAUCAUCGCCAUCUCCUUCUUCAUCAUCUCAUUCGUCAUCGCCGGAAAUGGUGCCGUGGGUGCCAUCUACCACAUUCCAUUUCCCGUCAUCGCCCGCGCCAGCUGGGGCUUCUGGGGCUCGUACAUCGCCAUCGUGUCAAGGGUCAUUCUGGCGCUGUUCUGGUUUGCCAUUCAAAACGUUAAUGGCGCUAAUGCCGUGCGCGCCAUGAUCGGUGCCAUUUGGCCCAGUUUCCUCACGCUGAAAAAUGAUAUCCCGGAGGGUGAGGGUAUUACUACGAAUGGGAUGGUGUCGUACUUGAUCUUCUGGCUCGUGCAGCUCCCGUUUCUGUGUAUUCAUCCGAAUAAACUUCGGUGGCUGUUUAUGGUGAAAUCCGUGCUAGUGCCGAUUGCCUGGAUCGCUAUCUUUAUAUGGGCGUUUGUCGCUGAAAGUGGUGGAGGAUUACUUCAGCAGAAAGCGACGGUGUCCGGGUCGAAAUACAGCUGGCUGUUUCUAGCUAAUAUGACCAGUGUACUAGGGAACUAUGCAACACUCAGUGUCAACCAGUCCGACUUCUCCCGCUACUCCCGCGUCACCGCAAAAUGGCAACUCCUGUACAUCCCGAUGCUCCCCAUAAUCUUCACCUUCCUAUCCUUCAUCGGCAUCGUGGCCUCCAGCGCCGGCUAUGCCCGCUAUGGCGGCGACACCAUCCCCUGGGACCCAAUCGUACUAAUCAGCCACUGGAGCAGCCGAGCCUGUCGGUUCUUCGGGGCCUUCAGCUUCGCGCUCGCGUCCCUGGGCGUGAAUAUCUCGGCAAACUCCAUCUCCGCGGCCAAUGACCUCACGGCCCUAGCUCCGGGGUAUAUCAAUCUCCGGCGCGGGCAGAUCAUCUGCGGAUUACUGUCGUGGUGUUUGGUUCCUUGGAAGAUUCUGGUCUCGGCGGGGAACUUUUUGAAUUUCAUGUCUGCUUAUGCUAUCUUUCUAGGGCCGAUUGCGGGGAUUAUGUUGUUUGAUUUUUGGGUGUUGAAGGAUAGGAAGUAUGAUACGUUGGCGUUGUAUCAGAUUGAGAAUCCGACGUAUCGGUAUGGAGGGAAGUGGUGGUGGUGGUGGGGUGUGAAUUGGAGGGCUGUGCUGGCGUUUGUGGUGGGUGUUGCGCCUAAUUUGCCCGGGUUGAUUAAUUCGGUGAAUAGUGAGAUUGGCGUUGGGGUGGGUGUGCAUCCGUAUCAGUUUGGUUGGCUUUUGGGGUUUGUGGCCACUAGUCUUGUGUAUGUGCUUGUAUCGAUGGUGUUUCCGGCGAGGGAGGCCUUGGUGGAGGUUGCUGUUAUGCCCGAGGAGGUUUAUGAUGCUAGGGAGAGAGAGGAUGGAGAUGGGAGUACGGAUGAUCAGGAGAAGGGGGAGGUGAGGGAGAAGGUUGUCUCUUAGGUUCUGCUCUUGAUAUAUCUCUGUAUU